CCCCUCUCAGUCGCGCUCUCUCUCUCUCUGUCUACGGUGAAAUGUCUACCGGAGGACUGACGAUCUUCGACGGUGCCGAGCUCAGAUCCGUCGACCGUACGCCACCGGAGCUCGGCGGUUGCGUGAUCGGAGCUCGUCUUCUCGAACUUGCGGAAUCAAAGGUCUCGGAAUCGCUGUCGGGGCUCUCAUUGCCGCCACACCUCAAGGAAGCGGCGAUCUCCCGAGUCUCUGCCGGAGAUGACGUCACUUUCUUGCGUACGGAGCUCGAUCCGGAGCAAGCAUCCGAGAAACUGGGAGAAUACGUCUCCGUCAUUGCCGAUGCUCUUAGAGAUGAUCCAAUUGUGGCAUCAAUUCUGGAUGGGAGUACUCUGAGGCUGUUCUUGGAGGACGAAGAUGAUUUUGCUAUGUUGGCGGAGAAUCUGUUCACCGAUUUGGAUGUAGAUGAUAACGGAAAGCUUAAGAAGAGCGAGAUAAGAAAUGCUCUCGCUCACAUGGGAGUUGAGAUGGGUGUCCCUCCAUUCUCAGAAUUUCCUGUCUUAGAUGACAUCAUCAAGAAGCAUGGAGCUGAAGGUGAUGACGAGCUGGGGCAGGCACAGUUUGCGCAACUACUGCAGCCAAUUUUACAAGAAAUAGCAGAUGCACUUCAUGGGAAACCAAUAGUCGUCGUCCAGAACAUCAAGAUUUUUAAUGGUUCAAGGCUGCGCAAGCUCCUAGCAGACGAGAGGCAACUGAAGGAUCUUGCGGAGAAGAUCAUUCCAGAAAAGCCCGACGAGAAAGAUGGGCGAGCAGAGACAGAGAUCAUACAGGCCUUCCUUGAGAAGAGCGGAACAGACUUGGGCUUGCCACCGUUAUCUUCAGACAACGAGCAGGUGACUCUUCUCUAUGAGAGUGUCCUUCCCCGGGAAAAGAACGAAGAAAAGGGAGUUCCUACCUCCAGGGAAGACGGGUUUCUGUCCACUCUGAAUGAAAUACUCAGGAAAUUCGCAGAGCAGCUCGAAACCAAUCCCGUGGACUGCCGUGUCAGUCCCUAGAGGACAGCCACUCUUCAGGUGGUACAUAUACAUACAUAUAUGUUCAAAUGUCCAUCACAAGCUAAAACAGAGCUUCAUAUGCUAUUAGGCAGUUCUAAGAAUCAAUCUUUACCAACACAAUCUUUUCUCAUUGGCGUUUGGAUCGUUGGGUUUGCGAACUUGAAGUGGUCUAUAUGUGAUAUUAAAGUUAAUGUUAUAUGGUAAGAACAAUAUUGACAUGAAGGUUCUGUAUAUUCAUCCAAUAAGCAGUGCAAUAUGUAGGAGUCGAUGAA